GGUGGAGAAGGGGGAAGGCGAAGGACGCGCGUUCCCGGGCUCGUGACCGCCAGCGGCCGGGGGAACCAGUUCCCAGACAGCUUCGGAGAGAUGGCAGGCGGCGGGGACCGGUGCGUCGUGGGCACCCUACACCUGCUGCUGCUGGUGGCUGCCCUUCCCCGGGCGGCCUGGGGGGUCAGUCCAGGCGCCGUAGCCUGGACCCAGGAGAAGAAUUAUCACCGACCAGCCACUUUGAAUUCGUCAUCUCUUCGGCGCGUGGCAGAAGGCACCAAUAUUUCUGAAAUGUGGCAAAAUGACUUACGACCCUUGCUGAUAGAGCGCUACCCGGGAUCCCGAGGAAGCUACGCUGCUCGCCAGCACAUCAUGCAGAGAAUUCAGAGACUUCAAGCUGACUGGGUCUUGGAAGUGGACACCUUCUUGAGUUGGACACCCUAUGGAUACCGGUCUUUCUCAAAUAUCAUCAGCACCCUCAACCCCACUGCUAAACGUCACCUGGUCCUCGCCUGUCACUAUGACUCCAAAUAUUUUCCCGAAUGGAACAACAGGGUGUUUGUGGGAGCUACUGAUUCAGCCGUGCCAUGUGCCAUGAUGUUGGAACUUGCCCGUGCCUUAGACAAGCAACUCCUUUCCUUGAAGAGGAUUCCAAACUCCCAGCCAGAUCUUUCACUCCAGCUGAUUUUCUUUGAUGGGGAAGAGGCUUUUCUUCACUGGUCUCCUCAAGAUUCUCUGUACGGGUCUCAGCACUUAGCUCGGAAGAUGGCAUCGACCCCACACCCACCUGGAGCAACAGACACCAACCAGUUGCAUGGCAUGGAUUUGUUGGUCUUGCUGGAUUUAAUUGGAGCUCCAAACCCAACAUUUCCCAAUUUUUUUCCAAAUACUGCCAGAUGGUUUGAUAGACUUCGAGCAAUUGAACAUGAACUUCAUGAAUUAGGUUUGCUUAAGGAUCACUCUUAUGAGAGGCCGUAUUUCCACAGCAAUGGUUAUGGAAAUGUGAUCCAGGACGACCAUAUUCCAUUUUUAAACAAAGGCGUUCCAGUUUUGCAUCUGAUAUCGUCUCCUUUCCCUGAAGUCUGGCACACCAUGGAUGACAAUGAAGAAAAUUUGGAUGAAACCACCAUCGACAAUCUAAACAAGAUCAUACAAGUCUUUGUGUUAGAAUAUCUUCAUUUGGUGCCAGCCCGGUGGCGCAGAGGUUAAGUUCACAUGUUCCGCUUCUCUGUGGCCCGUGGUUCGCCAGUUCAGAUCCCGGGUGUGGACAUGGCACCGCUUGGCAAACACCAUGCUGUGGUAGGCAUCCCACGUACAAAGUAGAGGAAGAUGGGCAUGUGUGUUAGUUCAGGGCCGGUCUUCUUCAGCAAAAAGAGGAGGAUUGGAGGUAGUUAGCUCAGGGCUAAUCUUCCUCAAAAAAACAAAAAAAGGAAUAUCUUUAUUUGUAAUAUUCUGAUUUAGUUUAUGAUAAUUGCAUCUAGUAUUUCAUUCAAAAGUCAAGGCACGAUUUAAACUAAUCUGACUCUAGACAAAUGCUAUGUGGAAACUUCUAUCCUAUAGAUUCAUUCUGUAUAUGUCGUUGAAUAUGUGAUCAAUAAAUCCUAGAUUUGCAUCAUG